AUGAUGUCAGGCGAGGCAUGGCUGUACUUGUUGGCGGUACUGAUUAAUGCCGUCAACUUGUUCCUGCAGGUUUUCUUCACUAUCAUGUACAGUGAUUUGGAAUGUGACUAUAUCAACCCUAUCGACCUCUGCAACCGCCUCAAUACGUAUAUUGUUCCUGAAGCUGCUGUUCAUGGCUUCUUGACUUUCUUGUUCCUGAUCAAUGGGUACUGGGUUGCGCUUUUGCUCAACUUGCCACUUUUGGCUUUCAAUGUCAAGAAAAUACUCGACAACGCGCACUUGUUGGACGCUACGGAAAUCUUCAGGAAGCUCAAUGUUCACAAGAAGGAAUCGUUCAUCAAACUAGGCUUCCAUCUCGUCAUGUUCUUCUUUUAUCUCUAUUCGAUGAUAGUUGCCUUAAUUCGUGAUGAAUCGCAUUGA